AUGGCAUUGCUUGAUCCAGCUUCUAUAUCAUUGGGUGAGGAAGAGGAGGAAGGAGAAGAAGAAGAGCAGAUACUGAAUGCAAGAUGUAUACCGACUGUUGGUGCUAAUGUUAUCAUCGAUGAUUCAACCGGUCAAUCGACAUCAAUCAAAAAUAAUCAAAUUACAAGGGAAUCGUCCUCGGGCACAGGUAGCAAUAGAAAUGAUCAUUAUUCGAAUGAAUCUGCUUCACUAAGUUUUACGCAACCUCAUUUCAUGUAUCAAGUUAUUCCAAAAGCAAAAGUAGCACCCGAAAUGUGUGGAAGUGUAUGCAAAAUUACCGUAGACCAGAUUACGGAUUCGAUUUACUCGGAUUUCAUUAUUUUGAUGACUGGCGGAGAGGUGGUUCCACCAGCUGAAGAACAUAGACAAAUUUUAGAUGCAAUGGUUCAAGGAGAUGAUUAUACAGUAGCAUGUGAUGUAGACGAUGAAUUCCUUGGUCACCUCGAUUACGUGAUCGUUCACCUACCUUCCAUAAGACUUUUGCUAACCAGUGAACAACGUGAACAAGUUAUAGAAUCUGCUGUGGCACGAUUUAAAAAUGAUAAACAUCCAAUUGGUGCUUGCUUGCAAAUGCUACAGAAAAAUUAUAUCGGGUUUCCUUCCGUUAUCAGACUACGUAAUACACUGAUGGAUUGUUUGAGUCGUUUGGUGAUAGCAGGAGAGGACGACGUAGAUUAUGCGGUGCCACGUUUGGGUAGCUCUAUCGCUCAAGGUUUUGCUGGUGAAGGUAUGUCUAAUGAUUUCGUAUUACCUGGAAGCAGUUCAGAUUUUGCUCGAAAAAAAGGCGUUUCUCAAAAUUUGUUGAAUACGGCUAUUCCGGACAAUGAAUAUGAUGUACUGGCACAAAUUCUAACCAGAAAAUUAAAAAUCGAUGAUGUUGAAAAUGUUGUUCUAAGAGAAGCUAUUAAGGCACGAAUGAAAGGAGGAUUGCUUAUUGGCGAGUAUUGGUCAGAGCCGAAUGAAUUUUUAUCAUCUGGUUGGCGUAUUCGAUUACGUGAUUCCGGAAAAAUUGUUCCACGAAUUAGUGAAGUUGAUGAUAUUUGGCGACGAUGCUACGAAACAAUGCCAGAUUGCACACAAAAACAAAUGUUAGCUUUUUUGGAGGAAAGAUAUGUGGGUGUAAGUUUGAAAACAAAACAACGAACAGCAACGAAAGAUAUUCUAUUGAAAGGAUCACGAGUACAAUUUCCAAGUAGACCACGUUGUAUUGGAAGUAAACCUAUGCAAUAUGUUCAGAUUGAUAUGGUUGAAAUGGAAUGUUCGGAAUAUGGAGAUCGUUGUUAUACUAUGGCAUUAAUUGUAACCGAUCUUUACUCUCAUUUUGUAUUUGGUCGAGCAUUAGCUGAAGCACCGGAUACUUCGUUGCUUGUUCGACAUUUAAUGGAUAUUUUUGGAGCUUUUGCCCCACCAGAAGCUUAUCGAACUUAUACAAAUGAUGAAGUAAUUGGUCUUGUUAUAUCGGAUAUCGAGAAAUUGUUCAAAAUCGAAAUUAAAAAUAUUGGACACGGUGUAAUGAAUCAUGCUAAUCUUUGUGCUAGUAUGUAUAAGCGUGCAGCGGAAGAACUUGGUGGCCGUGAACGGUGGGUUGAAGCACUUCCAUUUGCAGUUAUUGAUUACAAUCAGACUCCGGUUAAAUGUUUUGGUGAUCUUCGAAUUUCACCAUUUGAGAUUAUGUUUGGUCGAAGACCUUGGCGAAAUCAUAGUAUUCCACCAUGGGUACGCGGUGCUUUAUAUAACGAAAAUAUGAAUGAAACGAAAGGUUAUGCGGAAGAAAAUCGUGUGGAGAGUAUGAGCGGUGCAACAGAAAUGUGUCUGAUACGUUCUACUCCACUUCCACGACGUCCUGAAGUUGAGGAACGAUUAGCUAAUGUGUAUUUAAGCGAAGUAUCUAGUAAUCGUGCUAAAAUUUCCUGCAUACUUGGCCGUUAUCCAGCAAAAUUCAAUGAUUCAGGUCAUGUUGUCGAUCCGGGUACUGGUUAUUUGUAUGAAGUUGGUGACUGUGUUUAUCUUCGUAAUUUUGAACAAGACGAAGCAUAUAUUGAUCGUCCAAAAAGGCGUCACAAUGAGUCAAAUUAUUAUCGUGCAAGUAUUAUUGAAGUGGAUUAUCAGAAUCCGGAUUUUAUGUAUAAAGUAUGCUACUGGAAUGAUAUCAUUGAUAUUGAUCAUCUUCCACCAGAUCAAUGGCCCGGUGAAGGGUCUUUAUCAGCUUGGGUUUCACCCUAUGAUGUUGCUCCUUCUACUGCGGAUCUCGCAAGACGUAGAAAUGUCGUAAGGCGUCGAGAACUAGAAUUUCAAUGUAAAUGCGGUUAUGAUUUCUGCGAGUUAACUUAUAAUCAAAAUUGUCCAUAUAAAUUGUCACAAGUUUGUUGCCAACGACUUAAAAUGAAUUGUCCUUAUCAUUCUCGUAUAAAAGCACCACCAAUGUUGCGCUCAAAGAACUUAGCUGCACCUGUACUUAAAUUAGCAGCAGGUGGAGAACGAAGAUUGCUUGCAGUACCGAAGCGAAUGAAAUCUGAAGUCGAUCAUUCAAGCUCUCGUUGGGUUUUUCAAGGAGGUCGUUAUAUUGAACUCUUUCCAAGUUCAUCGAGCGCAACUUCAUCAUUAUUAGGACGAGAUGACCAGCAGAGUAAUGUUCACUUCGAUUAUGAUGUUGGAGCAUUUUCAUCUAAAAGAAGAAGAUUGCAGGUUCAGUAUGGUAACGCUUAUUAUUCGAAUUUUGUUUAUGAUGGAAAUCCAAUGAUUUCGAGGAUUCCUACUGAUCGUUCAUAUGGAUAUCAAGCAGUGGAACUCUAUGAACCGAAAGAUAAUCUAGUAAUUUCAAAUGCCAACGAAUUGGAAGGAUUAGAUGUAGAUGAUGAAACUAUUGAUGUUUCUUCAAAUGGACAGGAUGCGCCUCCCUCCGAAAUUCUUUCGAACCAGCCAAUAUUUCUUGCUCGAGAUGAUUCAAAAAGGACAGCAGAAGCUAGGAAUGGUAAAAUGCAGAAAAUUCAACAAAACCCUUUGCAAGUUGAUGUUCUAUCAAUGAGAAGCACAAAACGUAUAUCUGCACCUCCACAGCGACUAAGUCCUACAUAG